AUGUCUAUCCUCGCACCCUACGCCGAACAACACAAGGACACCUCCGGUCCCAACGACAGCCGCCCCACGGGAGUCCAAAUUGUUGAAGACCAAGGCCUCGUCGGAAAAUGGACCGAUAAAGUCGUCAUCGUCACCGGCUGCUCCCCCGGCGGCCUCGGCCCCGAAACCGCUAGGGCCUUUCACGUCGCCGGCGCCGACGUCUACAUCACCGUCCGCGACGUUGCCAAGGGCGAGGAGGUCGCCAAGGAUAUUCUCUCGGAUGGCAAGCCCGGCAAGGUGGAGGUCAUCAAGUUGGACCUCGGAUCUCUCGAGAGCGUGAGGGAGGGCGCCAAGGCGUUCUUGGCAAAGUCGGACAAACUGAAUGUCAUUGUGAACAAUGCUGGAGUCAUGGCCUGCCCCAAGGGAAAGACCGUGGACGGAUUCGAAACCCAAUUCGGCACAAACCACCUCGGCCACUUCCUCCUCUUCCAGCUCCUCAAGUCAACCCUCCUCGCCUCCUCAACACCAACCUUCAACUCCCGCGUCAUCUCCGUCUCCUCCUCGGGCCACCGCGGCGGCCGCAUCCAAUUCGAAGACUUCAACUUUGACCACACUGUAGAGUACCACCCCUGGGCGGGCUACGGCCAGGCCAAGCUAGCCAACAUCCUCUUCGCCAACGAGCUCGACCGCCGCUACGGCGCCCGCGGCCUCCACGCCCUCAGCCUCAUGCCGGGCGGCAUCGAGACGCCCCUCCAGCGCCACCAGCCCGAGAUCACCGAGAUGAUCAAGGACCCGGCCGUCCACAAGGUCAUGAAGAGCCCCGCGCAGGGGGCCGCCACCUCCGUCUGGGCUGCCGUCGCCAAGGAGUGGGAGGGCAAGGGCGGCAAGUACCUCGAGGAUUGUGCCGAGGCGGAGGCGAUGAAGCCUGAUGCUGGGAUGCUUGCUCCGGGGUACGCGCCGGCGGCGUUUGACCCCGAGGCGGAGAAGAGGUUGUGGGUUGAGAGUUUGAAGAUGGUUGGGCUUGAGGACGAUCAGUGA